GUCAGCCUGCUGUUUGUGGUGAUUGUUGCGUUGGCAGGGCGAAAAUGAUCACGCACGCGUGUGUCAGAUAUCAAGACGACCUAAGUGUGGCUAUUGUGCUUGUGGAAAAUAUUAAAGACUUCAAGCCCUCCCAUUCACGCGACUUUGUGGACGGAGCGAAGUAUUCCGUCAAGUGGCUUGGGCAAGGAAGCUUCAGUGACGACGACGAAUAUUACAAAGCCAGGAUUCUACUUUUGGGAGUCUCUGAAGCCGACGUCAAACAAAAAAUGGACCGGCGCAGAAUGCGCAUAAAAAAAGUAUUGUCAUCGGAGUCCUCGGACAACGACGCACCAGAGGAAAGAAAUGAUGGGAGGAAACAAGAGAAGAAACGAAUGAAGGAGAAGCAAGAAACCUCUGGGAGGACGAAUCUGGCCAAGCUUUUAGAAGAAAAGAAGAAAAGUAUGAGCAAAGCCCAUUCUCUGGCCAACAUGAAGCCGUCGCCUCAACGAGAGUCUGAAGAAAGGCACUCUAAGGACCAAGAACAAAUCAAGAAGCUGCAGAGCCAGCUCGAGGAAAAGGAUAAAGAGCUUGCGCAGUUGAGGAGCUUGAAUAUGAAGCUUCAAGAGAGGUUACUAAAGCAAGAUGAAGACAAGGAAACAAGCCAGCCUGCAAGUCACCUCGGGCAAUGCACCAUCAAGUCAGGUCCUGAUCACAAAAAGAAGUGUGUGGAAUCGCCACAGAGGUUCUCCGAGGCUGCUGGUGACAAUUUAAGAGAGCGACAGCCAGCUCCUAAUGAAAACAAGGUGGACCUCGGACAAGGGAUCCACCUGAACCGGCUAGUCUGGGAGGAAGUCGACAGGUCAGGAAAAGACACAAUCUUCGUGAAGGAGCUGGCUGUCGCUUUAUAUGGACCACGAGAGCUGAUGGAAAGGUCUGCCAAGGGCAAGCACUCCCCAAGGUACCCUGGCCUGCCAAAGAAGCCGGCAAUAUCGCCGGUGAAACUUGCUGUAAUUGAAGACUGUUACAGAGAACGACUUCAAAAGGGGGGCAUGCCAGGGUACCUUGCUGGGAAGGCUGCAAGAAAGGAUGUCACCACCCUCAUCAAUGAGAAAAUUGCUGACCUCAGGAGGAAGGAGGCGAAGAGGACAGAAGCUGCUGUCACAGCUAUGAACUCGGGAGAGUCUGAUGACAAUUGAAAAGGACACGAAGAUGCGCAUCAGCACUGGAAAAUAAAUUAUGUCCUACCAUUGA